AUGCGUUUCCUCUCGGCUGGUGCCGUGCUCAGCAUCUACUUCCUGCAUCCCUUCGUGCCGACCGCAAUCUUAGUGCCCAUUAAUGACGAGAACCACACCAUGAACAGCGAGACCAGCAGCUUGGUUCAGUCGCACACUCACUCCUACAAGAAACGCGAGGCGGUGGAUGUCCCAUAUCAGACGGGACAGCUUCAUCCGGCCAUCCGUGUGGCCGAUCUUCUCCAGCACAUCACGCAGAUGAAGUGCGCCGAGGGUUACGGCUUCAAAGAGGAAUACGAGAGCUUCUUCGAAGGACAGGCGGCGCCGUGGGACUCGGCCAAAAAAGACGAGAACAGAAUGAAGAACCGUUAUGGAAACAUCAUCGCAUACGAUCACUCGCGUGUGCGGCUGCAGCCUCUGGAGGGAGAGCAGAGCUCCGACUACAUUAAUGCAAAUUAUGUAGAUGGCUACCAUCGACCCAAUCACUACAUCGCCACACAAGGUCCGAUGCAGGAGACCAUCUAUGACUUCUGGAGGAUGGUGUGGCAGGAGAACACGGCAACUAUCGUCAUGGUUACCAAUCUGGUUGAAGUCGGCCGGGUGAAGUGCUGUAAGUACUGGCCCGACGACACUGAGAUCUACAGGGACAUGAAGGUGACGCUCAUCGAGACUCAGCUGCUGUCUGAAUACGUCAUUCGAACCUUCGCUGUGGAAAAGCGAGGAGCUCAUGAGAUCCGGGAGAUCCGUCAGUUUCAUUUCACCGGCUGGCCGGAUCACGGCGUCCCGUAUCACGCCACAGGGCUGCUGGGCUUCGUCCGCCGGGUCAAAGCCAAGAGUCCAGCUAACGCUGGCCCGAUGGUCAUCCACUGCAGCGCUGGAGCGGGACGCACCGGCUGCUUCAUUGUGAUCGACAUCAUGCUGGACAUGGCGGAGCGAGAAGGAGUCGUGGACAUUUACAACUGCGUGAGAGAACUGCGCUCCCGCAGGGUCAACAUGGUGCAGACGGAGGAGCAGUAUGUGUUUAUCCAUGAUGCCAUAUUGGAGGCGUGUCUUUGUGGCGACACCACGAUCCCGGCCAAUCAGCUUCGCUCGGUGUAUUACGACAUGAACCGCUUGGACCCGCAGACCAACUCCAGCCAGAUCAAAGAGGAGUUCAGAACGUUAAACAUGGUGACGCCCACGCUGCGGGUGGAAGACUGCAGCAUCGCGCUGCUGCCGCGGAACCAUGAGAAGAACCGCUGUAUGGACGUUCUUCCUCCGGACCGCUGCCUGCCCUUCCUCAUCACCAUCGACGGAGAGAGCAGCAACUACAUCAACGCCGCGCUCAUGGACAGCUACAAGCAGCCGUCUGCGUUCAUCGUUACCCAGCAUCCUCUGCCCAACACCGUCAAAGACUUCUGGAGGCUGGCGCUGGACUAUCACUGCACGUCUAUAGUGAUGCUGAACGACGUGGAUCCCGCGCAGUUGUGUCCACAGUACUGGCCAGAGAACGGCGUCCAUCGGCACGGACCCAUCCAGGUGGAGUUUGUGUCUGCGGAUCUGGAGGAGGACAUCAUCAGCAGGAUCUUCCGCAUCUAUAACGCGGCACGGCCGCAGGAUGGGUACCGGAUGGUGCAGCAGUUCCAGUUUCUGGGCUGGCCGAUGUACCGCGACACUCCCGUCUCCAAACGCUCCUUCCUCAAACUCAUCCGACAGGUGGACAAAUGGCAGGAGGAGUACGACGGAGGAGAGGGACGCACCGUCGUGCACUGCCUUAACGGCGGCGGCCGCAGCGGCACGUUCUGUGCCAUCAGUAUCGUGUGUGAGAUGUUGUGUCACCAGCACUCGGUGGACGUCUUUCACGCCGUCAAAACACUGAGAAACAACAAACCCAACAUGGUGGAUCUGCUGGAUCAGUAUAAGUUCUGCUAUGAGGUGGCACUGGAAUACUUGAAUUCUGGGUAAUGUGAGCAGAAGCUGCUCUAAUGUCUCACCUUCCCCCGGACACUGAAACUGGAGCAGAACACACAAGCCGAACCGAACCGAUGUUUCCCUGCACUCGCCUCACGAUUAUCUCCAUCUGCUCGUGUCUUCUGUUCCUCAACACGUUUCUUGCCGUCGUCUCCUCAUCAGACGAGUGUCUUCAUGUUUGUGUGGAAUGCACAUCACGUGGAUGUUGAUUUUAUCAUUGUUUUUAUGAACUCCAGGCGUCCGGCAUGUACAGUCGAUCAUGCGUGGCAUUAAAGCGCUCAUAUUACUGCGUGUUUCUGCCCUCUCUGUGGUUGUGUUUGUGUGGAACGAUGGAAAAACUGCUGAAACGUCCUGUCCCAAGAUCCAAAGCUUGUGUUCGUGAUCAUUUCUUUUGUUUAUACUGUAAAUAGAUGAAGUUCACCAGAUAAUUUAUUCAUUGACAGAUUUUUGUGAAGCACACCGAGUGACAAUCAUGUUUUAAUUUGGUCAUUAUUAUCAUACGGACUCCACAUAUAAUAGUGACCAGAUUGUAUUGUUAACUUUUUAUUUAUCUGGUAUGAAAACAAAAAACUAAAUCAAACCUAUAAAUGCAUAUCUAUAU